AUGCACUCUCCUUCUCUCACUCUUUUUCUCUUCAUUCACUCUUUCUCAUUAUCAUCUUUCUUCUUUCUCACAAUAAUUAAACCACACUUGAUGUUAGUUGGUUAGUUAGUUACUACCUCUCAAACGUAAGAUAGUGUCUGAAACUCGGUUUUAAUACUUAACCAAUUACCAAAACCAGACACACCCUGCGAGUGUUGGGUUUGUUUUUUUUGAGAGAUUAUUGUGUCAAAAUGACGCAGCAGAAUGUGGUAGUGUCUGACACCAAAUCUGGAGUUUCCCUAACAGUUUUUCCAACACCUGCACAAAAAAAGCCACCGGCAGCACCAGGAGGGUACAUUUCUAUUUCAAGGAGGAGGGUUUUGAAGAACCUUGAAAUCAAUGGAGACCAAAGAAUCAAUGCAUGGGUUGAGUCCAUGAGAGCCUCAUCUCCUACCCAUCUUAAAUCCGCACCUUCUUUCUCUCAGGAGCAAAACUCUUGGAUUCUUCACCAUCCCUCCGCAUUAGACAUGUUUGACCAAAUUAUUGAUGCGUCAAAGGGAAAACAAAUUGUCAUGUUCCUCGACUAUGAUGGCACACUUUCCCCAAUUGUUGAAGAUCCUGACCGUGCUUUCAUGUCUCACUCGAUGAGGAAAACAGUGAAGAAACUUGCUAGGUGUUUUCCUACUGCCAUAGUGACCGGAAGAUGCAAGGACAAGGUAUACAAUUUUGUGCAGUUGGCAGAGCUAUAUUAUGCAGGAAGCCAUGGCAUGGAUAUUAAAGGGCCAACAAGAAGCUCCAAAUACAACAAAGAUAGCAAAGCUGAGGCAAUUCUUUUUCAACCUGCCAGCGAUUUUCUUCCCAUGAUAGAUGAGGUGUACCAACAAUUGGUUGAGAAGACCAAAUCAACUCCUGGAGCCAUGGUUGAGAACAACAAGUUCUGCCUCUCUGUUCAUUUUCGUUGUGUUGAUGAAAAGAAAUGGAGUGACCUGGCACGCCAAGUGAAAUCAGUUUUAAAGGACUACCCGAAGCUCCGACUUACCCAAGGAAGAAAGGUGCUAGAGAUUCGUCCGACUAUUAAAUGGGACAAAGGGAAGGCCCUGGAAUUUUUAUUAGAGUCCCUUGGUUUGGCCAAUUGCAGUGAUGUAUUUCCUGUUUAUAUUGGCGAUGAUCGAUCCGAUGAAGAUGCUUUCAAGAAAUUGAGAGACAGAGGACAAGGUUUUGGUAUUCUUGUCUCCAAAUUUCCGAAAGACACAAGUGCAUCUUACUCUUUACAAGAACCAAACGAGGUGAUGAGCUUUCUUCAACGCUUGGUGGAGUGGAAACAUAUGUCCCAACGAGCACGUUCCCGGGUGUAGAUGAGAAUGUGAAAUGACAUGUACAUCCCUAUCCUGCCAUAAAAAGGAAGUUCAACUUGGUUAGAAUGGAUGUUUUGUAUUUCUUGUUCAGGUCAGAACAAAAAUGUAUGGAAAAGGAAAGACAAAAGUGUCGUUCUUAGUUUGAAGGAUGUCUACAUUCACGUAAUUAGUCAGUCAAGUAGUAGUGUAGUCUUCAGAUGCAAGUCUGAAUGGAUUAAAUUUUCUCUCUUCCUUGUUACAUUUACGAAACUACGAUCAAGUAUGUUUUCUCACUCGUGUUUUAAGUU